AUGAGAGAAAUUGUUCACAUUCAAGCCGGACAAUGUGGGAAUCAGAUUGGCACCAAGGCAAGUAGAGACCUUUUGAACUGAAUGGCUUUUUCAUUUUAAUUAACAACACAUUCCAUGUUUUGUGGAGAUUUUUUUUUUUUUUAAUGGAUUUUGUGUUCAAUUUUUACUGGAGCCAAUGCUUUUUCAAUGGGAGUCAUCCGUUGCCAGAUUUAUGACAACGGAUGACUAACGAAUGGUCCAUUUUUUAACUCUGAGAAUACCGUGUGUGGCCUUAGCCUAAAUGUUUAGAAGCUGAUGUGACAAAUUCAUGCUUUAGGUCAUAGGCUACGACGUAGGCCUUUUGAAAAUAUCAAUUGGCAUCGCUUAAUUACAAUUCUAUUAAGCCUAUAAUAAACUUCAUAACGGUCACUAGAGUGCAGCCAGGGAGUGGCAUGAAAUCCGCGCUGUGCGUGUCUAUCCGUUUCAGCAGCUGAGCGUGCUGAAGUCAUCAAAUAAGACCGAAAGAUGCACAAUGUCCGAUCGUUUUUUCAUGAUGUCUUGAUAACUUUUGGAGAUUUAACUGUAUUCUUUUUUCCUCCAAUGUUGAUAACUGGACAGUUUUGGGAAGUUAUCAGUGAUGAACACGGCAUCGAUCCGGCAGGAAACUAUGUGGGUGACUCAUCGCUUCAAAUCGACAGGAUUAAUGUGUACUACAACGAAGCCUCCUGUAAGUGUGUCUGUGGUUGAAUGAAUCAUCAUGCUUACAAGUUGUUCCAAAUUUCUGAAGGCAUAGAGAAUUUAACAUAAGCACACUCAUGGGCUACUACAGGGUCCUUACUUCUGGUGCUUUGACAAAUUGCCAUAACCCUUUUGCCACCCCUUUGCUGCAACUUGAACUCAGGGGUAGAUGUAACAUUGUAAAUGUAAAUCCGGGAAACUCCAAUUAAACUUAACAAAAAUAAACACAACAUGCAACAAUUUCAAAGAUUUUACUGAGUUACAGUUCAUAUAAGGAAAUCAGUAAAUGGAAAUGAAUUCAUUAGGUACUAAUCUAUGGAUUUCACAUGACUGGGAAUACAGGAUUUGUGUACAGAUCCUUGCAACAUGGGGCCGUGCAUUAUCAUGCUGGAACCUAAGGUGAUGGCGGCGGAUGAAUGGCACGAAAAUGGGGGGGGUUCUAAAUAUGGAAUUAUUUUAAGAUGGAUCAUUUAGCUAUUGGAUUUUAGUACCCCUUUAGGUCCCCAAAAAUUAUUUGAUAUAAUAUUGAAUUUGGCCUUUACUACUAUAGCCCAGAGAAAUGUUUUGUAUAACGCAUAAAUGGGGAAAAAAUACAGUAAAAAAAUCUAUCAUUAGAAAUAAGGUUUUAAAGUGUCUGUCCUAUAUCUAGGAGAUAUAAGAAAGCUCUGGAAAUAUGCAGUGCAUUCGGAAAGUAUUCAGACCCAUUGAUUUUUUUUUCCACAUUUUAUGUUACAGCCUUAUUCUAAAAUUGAUUUUAUUUUUGUGUGCACAUUUAUAAAAAAUAAAAAACUGAUAUUACAUUUACAUAAGUAUUCAGACCCUUUACUUAGUACUUUGUUGAAGCACCUUUGUCAGUGAUUACAGCCUUGAGUCGUCUUGAGUAUGACGCUACAAGCUUGGCACACCUGUAUUUGGGAAGUUUCUCCCAUUCUUCUAUGCAGAUCCUCUCAAGCUCUGCCAGGUUGGAAGGUGAGCAUCGCUGCACAGCUAUUUUCAGGUCUCUCCAGAGAUGUUAGAUCGUGUUCCAGUCUGGGCUCUGGCUGGGCCACUCAAUGACAUUCAGAGACUUGUCCUGAAGCCAUCUUUCGCUCGACCCUGACUAGUCUCCCAGUCCCUACUGCUGAAAAACAUCCCCACAGCAUGAUGCUGCCACCACCAUGCUUCACCGUAGGGAUGGUGCCAGGUUUCCUCCAGACGUGACGCUUGGCAUUCAGGCCAAAGAGUUCAAUCUUGGUUUCAUCAGACCAGAAAAUCUUGUUUCUCAUGGUCUGAGAGUCUUUAGGUGCCUUUUGGCAAACUCCAAGCGGGCUGUCAUGUGCCUUUUACUGAAGAGUGGCUUCCAUCUGGCCAUGCUACCAUAAAGGCCUGAUUGGUGCAGUGCUGCAGAAAUGGUUGUCCUUCUGGAAGGUUCUCCCAUCUCCACAGAGGAACUCUGGAGCUCUGUCAGUGACCAUCGGGUUCUUGGUCACCUCCCUGACCAAGGCCCUUCUCCCCCGAUUGCUCAGUUUGGCCGGGCGGCCAGCUCUAGGAAGAGGCUUGGUGGUUCCAAACUUCCUCCAUUAAAGAAUGAUGGAGGCCACUGUGUUCUUGGGGAACUUCAAUGCUGCAGAAAUUUUUUUGGUACCCUUCCCCAGAUCUGUGCCUCGACACGAUCCUGUCUCGGAGCUCUACGGACAAUUCCUUCGACCUCAUGGCUUGGUUUUUGCUCUGACAUGCACUGUCAACUGUGGGACAUUAUAUAGACAGGUGUGUGCCUUUCCAAAUCAUGUCUAAUCAAUUGAAUUUACCACAGGUGGACUCCAAUCAAGUUGUAGCAACAUCUCAAGGAUGAUCAAUGGAAACAUGAUUAACCUGAUCUCAAUUUCGAGUGUCAUAGCAAAGGGUCUGAAUCCUUAUGUAAAUAAGGUAUUUCUUUUUUAUUUUUAUUUUUUAUAAAUAAGCAAACAUUUCUAAAAACCUGUUUUCGCUUUUUCAUUAUGGGGUAUUGUGUGUAGAUUGAGGAACAUUUUAUAUUUAAUAAAUUUUAGAAUAAGGCUGUAACGUAACUAAAUGUGGAAAAAUGGAAGGGGUCUGAAUACUUUCCGAAAGCAGUGUGUGUGUGUAUAUACAGCUCUGGAAAAAAUUAAGAGACCACUGCACAUUUUUCUUAAAUCAGCAUCUCUACAUGUAUGACAGCCAUUCCACUGCAGUGUCUGUUGAAUUCCAACACAGGCACACCUCAUUCUACUGAAUUAGGUACUGAUUAGAAGAUCACCUGAACCAAAUCUUAUUUAAAGAGGAAAAGUAUAAAAACCACUGCUGUGGUCGUCGCUAUCCUCUUGCAAUAGGACCAGCUGGAUGGCAAAAACAGUGCUAAUAGUACCUCAAAAGUAAUAUUAAUAAAAAAUAACUAUUGACCAUGCCAAAAGAGUUGAAAAGGAAAGUUUUGAGUGAGGAAAAUAAGGGUUCAAUUCUGGCUUUACCGGCAGAAGGAUACAGUGAGCGUCAGGUUACUUCCAUCCUUAACAUUUCAAUGACGGCGGGUUCAUAAGAACAAGUUCAAGCAGCAGACAUUAAGGAUAACAACGCUACAGACCGACAGAGGGCGAAAACGACUCUCUACUGACCGGGAUGACCGCCAACUCAUUCGAAUGUCACACAACAACCGUAGGAUGACAUCAAGUGACCUACAAAAAGAAUGGCAAACGGCAGCUGGGUUGAAGUGCACGGCGAGGACGGUUCGAAACAGGCUCCUAGGGGCAGGGCUGAAGUCGUGCAAAGCUAGAAAAAAGCCCUUCAUCAAUGAGAAGUAAAGAAGAGCCAGGCUGAGGUUUGCAAAAGACCAUAAGGAUUGGACCGUAGAGGACUGGAGUAAGGUCAUCUUCUCUGAUGAGUCCAAUUUCCAGCUUUGCCCAACACCUGGUCGUCUAAUGGUUAGACGGAGACCUGGAGAGGCCUACAAGUCACAGUGUCUCGCACCCUCUGUGAAAUUUGGUGGAGGAUCGGUGCUGAUCUGGGGGUGCUUCAGCAAGGCUGGAAUCGGGCAGAUUUAUCUUUGUGAAGGACGCAUGAAUCAAGCCACGUUACAAGGUUGUCCUGGAAGAAAACUUGCUUCCUUUUGCUCUGACAUUGUUCCCCAACUCUGAGGAUUGGUUUUUCCAGCAGGACAAUGCUCCAUGCCACACAGCCAGGUCAAUCAAGGUGUGGAUGGAGGACCACCAGAUCAAGACCCUGUCAUGGCCAGCCCAAUCUCCAGACCUGAAUCCCAUUGAAAACUUCUGGAAUGUGAUCAAGAGGAAGAUGGAUGGUCACAAGCCAUCAAACAAAGCCGAGCUGCUUGAAUUUUUGCGCCAGGAGUGGCAUAAAGUCACCCAACAUCAAUGUGAAAGACUGGUGGAGAGCAUGCCAAGACACAUGAAAGCUGUGAUUGAAAAUCAGGGUUAUUCCACCAAAUAUUGAUUUCUGAACUCUUCCUAAGUUAAAACAUUACUAUUGUGUUGCUUAAAAAUUAACAUGAACUUCUUUGCAUUAUUCGAGGUCUGACAACACUGCAUCUUUUUUGUUAUUUUGACCAGUUGUCAUUUUCUGCAAAUAAAUGACAAUAUUUUUAUUUGGAAUUUGGGAGAAAUGUUGUCAGUAGUUUAUAGAAUAAAACAAAAAUGUUAUUUUUUUCCCAAACACAUACCUAUAAAUAGUAAAACCAGAGAAACUGAUAAUUUUGCAGUGGUCUCUUAAUUAUUUCCAGAGCUGUAUAUAUAAUUUUGUUUUACACAUUUAACCCCUUUUUUUGGGUAGGCACAAAACUACUUUUUUUUUUUUUUAACCUUCAGACGAGUCCCGUGACACUUGUGGGGUCCCCUUUCCACAGUGGGGUGACAUUAGUUUGUUGCCCAAACUUUUUCGGACGUUACAAACAGAAGUUGGCACAUCGACGGGACCGACGUCAGACGAGUCUCCUGACACCUGUGGGGGUUGUAGAGUAAAGCCGUUUCUUAUGCUACAGACGCUACAUUUUCAUGAGAAGAAUGAUUUUUGGGACGUCUCAUGGUCUGACAAACACCGCUCUAGCUCUGCCACCUUUCACCGCCGAUGCGGAAGUGCGACAUAGGAGGAUGCGGUGGAUUGAGACGCAUCCAAUGCAAAAAAACAUAUCUCUAGCUUUUUUUAAUUAUGUUACUUAGAUUGACGCACCGGGGUUAACCUUCUGUCUAAUGUAAACAUACUAAACGUAACAUAUCAUACUAAUUUGAGUGUCCCGGAAUUACAUUUACUAUGUUAAGUCUAGUCUAUGAGACCAGGCUUUUUAUAUAGCAUGAUGUGCACACAUUAUUUCUGAAGCAUCUAUAUACACCUUUUAAAUAAAGGCCUUUAUAAAGGAUGAAUAUUUAAUUCAGACUUCAAAGUUAGUAUUAGUUAGGACUGGCAUAUUCAAUGUGAGUGAAGAUGGCAGGCCGCAAUGAAAAGGAAAAUAUUAUUAUGUUGUUGGCAAUUCCUUAAGGUCUAAAUAAGGAAUGUGUUAUAGGUAAUAGGCAUACCUGACGAAGUCUUGCUUGUGAAACAUAGCCUACUGUACAAUACCAUACAUUCAGAUACAUUUUAAAUGUAUUCCAAUCUGUAUAGGUGUCUGGUUGUCUUUUUUGCAGCACACAAGUAUGUUCCCAGAGCAGUCCUUGUGGACCUGGAACCUGGGACCAUGGACAGUGUCCGGUCGGGGGCCUUUGGACAGCUAUUCAGACCUGACAACUUUAUCUUCGGUAAGUGGACACUGUAACACUUUACCUUAAAAAACAGGGAGGGACUACCUAGGUUUGUCCAAUAUCAUUUAAAAAAGUUUUCCAUUGCAUGACCUAAUGAACACUGGGAUGGAUCAAGUGUGGCGGUCCCAGCAGAAGUUGUCAGGAGAUUGCCUCCCGAGUGGCGCAGCGGUCUAAGGCACUGCAUCGCAGUGCUAGAGGCGUCACUACAUAUCCGGGUUCGACAUGGCCUCACAGUCAUUUUCCUUUUCUUUAGCAGCUACGGGGAGACAAUGGAAAACUAUUUGACAGAACAUGUAGCUUGUACAAAUGCCAGACUCAACCUACAUUCUUGCCUAAAUGUUUUGGACAUUUGUUUAAUCAACUUUUCAGGGUUUUCACGUGGACUGUCCCACCCAGGACUUGAGCCUAAGAAUCUCACCUCACACACACCCUGUACUGACCCCACAUUUCUCUUGGCCUAGACUGGAUGAUAAAUGGCUCACAAUUAGCUUGUGUGUGUUGGGGUAGUGGGGGGUGGAUUUGGGGUUACUGGAGGGAUGGGGUGUAGGAUUUAACUGACCAUUUUCAUCCCUUUUUGUUUUUGCUGCCCUUGCAGGGCAGACAGGUGCGGGGAACAACUGGGCCAAGGGCCACUACACUGAGGGAGCAGAGCUGGUAGACUCUGUGCUGGAUGUGGUGAGGAAGGAGUGUGAGAACUGCGAUUGUCUCCAGGGCUUCCAGCUCACCCACUCCCUGGGUGGGGGCACGGGCUCGGGCAUGGGCACCCUGCUCAUCAGCAAGAUCCGCGAGGAGUACCCCGACCGCAUCAUGAACACGUUCAGCGUCAUGCCCUCGCCCAAGGUGUCUGAUACGGUGGUCGAACCGUACAACGCCACGCUCUCUGUGCACCAGCUGGUGGAGAACACUGAUGAGACAUACUGCAUUGACAACGAGGCGCUCUAUGACAUCUGCUUCCGUACCCUGAAACUGACCACUCCCACUUACGGAGACCUCAACCACCUGGUGUCGGCCACCAUGAGCGGUGUGACCACCUCACUGCGCUUCCCUGGACAGCUCAACGCAGACCUUCGCAAACUGGCCGUCAACAUGGUGCCCUUCCCCCGCCUGCAUUUCUUCAUGCCUGGCUUUGCACCACUAACCGCCCGGGGGAGCCAACAGUACCGCGCCCUGACAGUGCCCGAACUCACCCAGCAGAUGUUUGACGCCCGCAACAUGAUGGCGGCGUGCGACCCGCGCCACGGCCGCUACCUCACCGUGGCCACUGUAUUCCGAGGGCCCAUGUCCAUGAAGGAGGUUGACGAGCAGAUGCUGGCCAUCCAGAAUAAGAACAGCAGCUACUUCGUGGAGUGGAUCCCCAACAAUGUCAAGGUGGCUGUGUGUGACAUUGCGCCCCGUGGCCUUAAGAUGGCCUCCACGUUCAUCGGCAACAGCACGGCCAUCCAGGAGCUGUUUAAGCGCAUCUCGGAGCAGUUCUCAGCCAUGUUCCGCCGCAAGGCCUUCCUGCACUGGUUCACCGGGGAGGGCAUGGACGAGAUGGAGUUCACAGAGGCCGAGAGCAACAUGAAUGACCUGGUGUCUGAGUACCAGCAGUACCAGGAGGCCACGGCCAAUGACGGGGAAGAGACAUUCGACGACGAAGAAGAAGAGCUCAAUGAGUGA